GGUUAUUGCCAGUAGCCAUUGGUUGGAUAACCCAAUACCCAUUAUCACCCAUGGCCAUAAUUAACUACUCUUCCUGCUUCCUUUUCCUCCUCCUUUCAAUUGUUCUUCCUUUGUUUCUCUAUAGGUUUCCAGAGAAGGUGGAGGGCUAUAGAUUUAAAGAAAUAACUGUGAAUAUUGAGCAUCAACGCAAGACCCAUCAUGUCGUUUCACUCAGCUCCUUGAUGCCAGCCGCAGUUUGUUCUACUCCUGCCCAAGGUUCCAAAAGCUUAAGCGGGCUACUGCAAGUAUAUCACAAAUAUGGACCUUGCUCACCACUCAAGAAAGGGAAUGGAAAAAUUCCUAGUCCUCGCCAGAUUCUCAUCAAUGACGUAACUCGAGUCAAGUCCAUCCAUACCAAAUUCUCCAACAAAGACUCAUUAGGAGAUUCUACAGUAUCACUUCCCGCCAACACUGGGGAUUCUGGAAACUAUAUUGUACAAAUUGGAGUUGGAACAUCGAAGCAAGAUUUCACAGUGGUCUUCGAUACUGGUAGUGAUCUCACUUGGAUCCAAUGCAAACCAUGCAGCCAAUGCUAUCCCCAACAAGAUCCCUACUUCGACCCUUCUGCAUCUUCCACCUAUUCCAUCAUCCCAUGUGGCUCCAACGAAUGCUCACAACUGAAUUCAGCAGGCUAUGCGGCACAGUCAUCCUGCAACACCAAUUGCCCCUACCAGGUCAUCUAUGGUGACAGAUCGUACUCUCAAGGGGACUUUGCAACAGACACAUUAACACUUUCCUCUGAUGUUGUCUCCAAUUUCCAAUUCGGGUGUGGUCAGAACAACCACGGUUUAUUUGGUUCUGCAGAUGGAUUACUAGGCCUUGGCCGCAGUCAGAUCUCUAUAGUAUCACAGACUGAUCAAAAGUAUGGAAAGAUUUUCUCCUAUUGUCUUCCAUCCACAACCAGCUCCACUGGUUUUCUUGCUUUCGGUAGCGAAGCGGGUUCUUCUUCUACUCCUCAAUACACUUCACUACAAACAAAUUCCAAUUACCCCAACUUCUAUUUCCUAACUAUGACGGGUAUAAGUGUUAAUGGGCAGAGUCUGUCAAUCCCAGAAACAGUUUUUAAAACUUCAGGAACCAUUAUAGACUCUGGAACUGUCAUCACUCGUUUAGCACCAACAGCUUAUUCGGCUCUUAAGUCAGCAUUUCAACAAGCAAUGUCCAAGUAUCCCACUGCCCCAUCGGAUUCACUAUUGGACACAUGCUAUGACUUGUCUGGAUACACUAAUGUAGACUUGCCACAAAUAGUAUUACAUUUUGAGGGAGGCACUGAUUUGAAUGUUGAUAAGUCUGGAAUUCUGUAUCAAGAUAGCUCAACUCAAUCUUGCUUGGCUUUUGCUGGAAACGACGCUGAUACUGAUAAGGGGAUCGUUGGAAAUAUGCAACAGAAGACAUUUGAGGUGGUUUAUAAUGUGGCAGGAGAAAAGCUGGGAUUUGGCACUGGAGCUUGUAGCUAAUGAGAACCAGCCCUUUGUAAUCAUAUGGCCAGAGAAUAAGCGAUUGAGUGAUUAGCAAUAAGAAGAUAAUGUAGUGGGUUACUUCUAUAUAUAAUUAUAUAGGGAUCCUUGUGGGCUUGUAUUUUUUUUAUUUUUUUUUUCCGGUUGCUUUGUAUCCCCCUCCAAGGGGCUGUCCUUGGUGUGAGUUGUUUAUGUCUUGGUUUCUUGGCUGUUUGUAUAA